UCCAAAGGUCAGCUGAGUUUGUCUCAGCUUCGUACUUAGGUCAAUUUCGUGUGAUUUUCAUCGAUUGUUUUCGACCUGAUGAAUUUUGAGAGCUGUAGGAACCGAAGAUGAAGUAUUUGCUUUGCUAGAUUUAGAUCUUUUAAUGGACGCAUCAUGGGAGAAACGGCUUUAAUGCCGUUAAACUAGCACCCUAGCCAUGGCUUUGAUUUUGACAGUUGCAGAAGAGAAAUUCUGUCAGACGACACAAUCGUCGAAGAUUCAGUUCGAGUCUUUCAGCUUGAGCCGCUCUGGAGUAGCUUCCAAGAGUGAUGAACAACAACUGAAGAUGGAUUGGCUUCUGGCACAACAGUAUUAGAAACCUUUCUCCAAAUGUUGACCCAGCAAGCUGGUACCUUUAACUUGGUCUUGAUGAAACUUGGCAUGGCAUACUUGAUGAUAAGGGAAGGGGAGCCUAGUUGUUAGACAGGCUUCAUGAAGUACCCUGAACACAGAAUGUCCUUGGAGGCAGCGAUGCCUUUAUCGGACUCUGUAUUGACCUGGUUAGGUCACCAGUUGGAACUCCGCAAAAUUGAUUCUGUCAUUUACACCCGUUAUGUCAUCAGCCUGCUGCAGCAGGACAUGGCAGACAUUGAUAGCACUGACCGAGAUGAAUUUUGGGAUAUAAAGAAAGAUUCCAAGAAGGCUAAAGAAAGGAGGGAUGUUAAGAAGAAGCCUGUCAGUGAGGAGGAAAGACGGAAGAAUGCCGCUGUAGAAUGUCUCUUGUCAGUGUCUGAUGAGGUGAGUAGGGAUAAUGAUAUCGAAAGUUUGGUUGAAGAACUGUUCAUCAGACUAAAGGAGACCAAGAGCAGUCAGGGUUAUUUUACUCCCCUUGCUAUAAAUACUAAAGACGAGUCAAAGUUUCAAGUCAAAGAGUUCCAAGACCCUGCUGAAAGGUACUAUGCAGCAUUUCCAGCUCUUCCUGGUGAUGGCACCCCACCACAACUAUCCCCGUCAUCUGAUGACAACAUUUGGCGGAAAAACAGGAAAAGUGGAUCACUUGCUGGGGAAACAUCUGAGAGUAAAGAAGGAUCUCCCCUAAAUGUUUCUCCUGAACAUGCAGUUGAUAAGACUUUCAUACAAGAAGUCAAAACUGUAGAGAAAUCUCCGGUGGAUUCGAAGUCAUACUCCAAUUCACCAGCAGCACCUGAAAAACGGAAGCGUUCAGGAAGAGGAGAUUCCAAUCCCAAGAUUUCUCCUAGUGCAGGAGGAAGGAAGAAAAACAUGAAGGGGAAGAGGGAGAUUGAGGCACAGAGCAAGGCAGUUCGUUUUCUAAGCUGGCCCCCACCCGGGCAUGUGAAGAAAGAACAUGGAAAAGCUGAUACUGACAAACAAGCCAAUCCUGAGGAAACAGAAGAGGAGAAAUACUGCAGUAUAGUGGAGCAAAUGUUGAAAGAAAUGCUAUUAUCAGGCAAGAAACAUGUUCAGACUUCCACAGACCUGCCAUUGUGGGCCUACUUUCCAGCACAAGGGUUCACUGAAGGAUGCUUCACAGAAUGGUUUAGAGAAGACAGUCAGAGUCCGGAGUUCACAGAAAAUGAUGAUUGGUACACACAGCCCCUGGAGCAUAUUUUCUACACACCAGUGUCCCAGACAAAACGGCUUUACAAGAGACACAGCUAUCCACCAAUGCUGAAUUUUGGUGAUCCGUUGGAAUGGAGCAGUAUUGUCACUGAACAGUUUCUAUCUUUGAAGAAAACUGCAACAGAUUAUAUUUUAUUGGAGGAUGUUUUUGAUCCAAAUAAGGCAAGUCAGGAGGUUCUGAAUGAAGAAGGUUUGGAGAUUUUGUUGAAUCACCCACAAGAGGCAUUGCCUGUAGCGGCUGAGCAGCAAUAUGAAGAUUUUGAGUUGAAUGAAGAGAAGGAGAAGGCUGUCAAUAGUGAUGAAGUAGAGGAUAUGUCUGAAGAAAAAAGUGAAGUUGGAAAAGAAGCGUGUAAGGAUCAAGAAGAAGAAACUGUUGAAGAAUCUGAUGAAAUCGUAAAGGAAGCCGAUGAAACCCCAGCUUGGUAUAAUGAUGACCCUUCCCUUACUUCCCCAAAUGUCUUAUUUCCUUUUGACCAGUCUGAAUUUGCAGAUUUAUCCUCCAAUGUAGAUGGGAAGUCCAAGGUUGACUUUAACACCAGUGCCUUGCCACUUACAUUACCAUGUCUUUUCCCCGGUACAGAUCCUGACUGCCUUGCUCCAGCCAGUGAUACCAGUAGCACUGUCUCCAGUGUGGAAAAAGGUUAUUUCAGUGAUGUUACAGAAACGUCCUUUGUGUUUGACAUGAGCCGACAUAGCAGUCCCUUCCCUGACAUGCUGCUUCUGAUGAACUAUGGAGAAGAUGAUGACACGGGUCAGAUGACCACAAGUACUGCUAGUAGUUUGAAAGGGAGUAGGUUGGAGAGUCUGUUUGAAUCUUCCAGACAGGAUCUUCAAGAGAGCAUGGGGAAAAGCGAGGUUCAACAACUUGACUAUUCAGAAGCAAAACCAGAAUUUGAUUUUUGUGCUGAUGAUCUGUUUCUUUAUGGAGCCGAAGAGGAAGAUUGUAUAUUGUAUGGCACCAGAAAUAUGUUCCCAAAUGGCGCCACAUCCAAUGGAAAUCCUCAAGGAUCACCAUCAAACACGGAGGAGAAACAAGAUUCUGAAACAGAAACAGAAGACAAAUCGACAUCAGUGUCUUCAAGUCAACUUGAGCCUCAGUCAAAAUUUACUGAUUCUACCUCUGAAGACGAGAGAGAUGAAAGUGCCUGUUUUCCUUCUGAUCUCUUUAACUCUUUCAGUUCUGUUGGAGAAAGUUCAGGUGGAUCCGUUCUGUUGGCAGAACCGGGCUUGGUUGAACACAAUUAUGUACUGGAUCUGCUUGAUUCGGGAGAAGUUAGUCUGCAAAAUGAGUGUUCCUCUUCGUAUCUUGUUCAUCUCUCUCCUCUAUCUGGAUCUGGUGGGUCAUGCUGGCAAAGCAAGAUAUUACUACAUGACUAUGGAGAUCCGUUUACGUUUGGGAGCUUAGAACAGUCAUCUGAACUUGCUUGGGACUCAGUUUUAAGUCAAAAGAAGCAUAUUUGGUCAUCAGCAAUGAGUCGGAGUCCUGUAAAUUUGUCAGUAACAUCUCCAACUUUGAAAGGCGAGUUGUGGCAACUUUGGGAUGUCAAUAGUCAGAGGAAAAUGCCAGAUAUGUGUCCCAGAAACACUGACACAAGUACUUGUAUCUGGAACAGUAUUCUUAGUCUUUCUGUCUAUGCUCCAGACAAGACUGAAGAGGAGGAAGAAUGGAAUAACGAUGAUGAAGUCUUCCUGUCAGAAAUCAUCAAUGAAGAAGAUGCAGUGUUGGGUCUUCAGUUUCUUGAAGAGAUCAAUGGAAUAGGAAAAGGUCCACGGUAUGAAAGGAGCGUUUCAGAGAGUGACUUACGAAACAUGGCUGACACCUCUUUCCUAGACUUGACAAAACCAAAUCUGGACAUAAGUUAUGAAUUGAUUCCAUCUGAAAAUUCUGCUUUCCAGGGUGUUGUCCCAAAGCAAUUGCAUCAUGUCCGAAGUGCUCCAAAUCUCCGCUAUAAGUCAUUAGUGUCACUGGUUCGGGAAGAUGAUCUCCAUCCCCCUGGUCUAGCUAGCAUUGAAUCUCCUGUUGAACAUCUGUAUUUCUCUGCUAAAACUCACUUUCGUCCUAUCCAAACCCCUGUUGCAACUCCAGAUGAAGAUGUGGAGUUCCAGCCCAAGGAUCUCUUUGGUGGAAUGUCAGACAACAGCGGAACUCCCUAUCAACAGUUUCUUAGUCCAGGAGAAGAAGAAGAAAGCAAAUUUCGGCCCAAAUUUAAAAUACAAAAAGAUUUGGACAAAUAUAUUCAAACUGGGGGAAGUCUAGAUGAAUCAGAUAUUGACUAUGAGAGAUUUAGACAGCAACAGCUUGAACAAGCAAAAGACAGUCAAACUGAAUUCAUUGAAGAAAUUGUUGUCGGUUCUAUCUUAGAAGAAGAAAAAGUGGAACCAGACAUCCCAGAUCAAAGCUACCUAGUUGUUGCUGAGCCUGAGAUUGCUGAAACAGGCAAUGUCAAGAAUACUCCACUUUCCAAAAGUGAAGGUCAAGCUGUGGAGGACGAAUCUGUACUGCAGUUAUGUACAAGUCUAAGAGACAUGUGCAGUGAAAAGAAAGCAGAUAACAGCAGGAAAAUAACAGAACAAAGUCAAGGAGUAGACUCAAAAGGGUCAGAUGAUUCUAAAUGGGAUGGUCAGAAGAUCAAGGAAAUGCAUUUGUCAGAUGUGCAACACUAUCAUGACAUCUGGAGCGCUGGUUAUGAAAUGGACCUGCAUCCUUUCAGUGUUGAUAAUGAGACUUUGUACUUGCCAUGUGCUGUUGAUGAGACACUCUGCAGUUCAGAGGUCACAACAAAUGAAGAAAACAAGUCAAAAGAGGAGUCUGACAAAACCGAUGAACUCUACUUAUAUUACUUGGACAAUUAUCCGGAAUAUGAUUCCUACAUAUUAAGUACAUCUGAAGAUUGUUCUGGGCCACAGAAUUAUGAAGUGUCUGGUCUGAUGCCAAUCCCACACCAGGCUGUGUACUCGUCAGAUCUUGAGAAACAGUGGCUUGAGAAAAAAGCCCUCAGUGGAAGGAAUGCCAAAAGGAAAUCACAGAAACUAAAGCUGAGGAGAGAUUCAAUCAAGCGUAAACCCUGCAGUUUUUUUCUGGAGGGUAAUUGUCGACGAUUUGACUGCAGGUUUUCCCAUGACUUAUCCAGCAUCACUUGCAGAUUUUGGGAAGAAGGCCUUUGUUUUAAAGGUUCACUCUGUCCAUUUUACCAUGGUUAUCCAAGUGAUACUGAGAUGGGCAUGACCCAUGAUUGGAAGAGUGGAGAUAGAUAUGAAUUCAAGAAGGAUGAGUUUCCAGAACUUGACAACUUUGGUAGAAGUGUGCAUAAAGAAUUACACAGCCAAAAGAUAAACCGGAAACGACAAGCACACAAAGAAUUCCUGAAGAAAACUCUAUCCAGUCGGAAAAAAAACAGACCUUCAAAGAAGUUGCAGACCAGAACAGUUCAAGCUAGCAGUUGUUGAAAACACACGAAAGCUUUUCUUUCCCAAUGUUUAAUUUUGAUGAUGUUACACAGAUAAUUGAGGUGCCUUGACAAGAAAACCUUUCCAAAAUCAUAUUGAAUUUAUAUUCAUUGUUUAAUUAUUGCAACAUAGCCUUUACCUACCCUUUUAAUCCAUUGUUCAUCUUUCUCAGGAUCUCUCCACCUUUCAAGCAAGUUAUUAUAACAGCUGUAGAACAGCUGAUUUUGAGGUCAGUGUUUUCAGCAUGCGUGGAGUUUUCUUUUUUAGAAGCUUGAUGGAUUUUCUUCAGAGCAAUGAUCAUGAUGCAGUUAUUCUUACAUACAACAUCUUUAACUUAUUAACUGAAACCGUAGCUAUUUCAUGCUGAAAUUACUGUCACAAUUUUCACCUUAAUUUUGUCCAAAAUGGAGCCAAAUUGUGUUCGCAACAAAGAAUCUACGUUCUACCAAAUCUGCUGUGAUCUUUGGACAUGUUAGAUGUUGGUUGUUCAUACAUAUCUGAUAUAUGUUUCUAAGGUGACCUUAUGAUUUGCAGUGCAACAUUAUUUAUGUGCACAGAUAUACCACAUUAUACUAUGGUUGUAGUGAAGAGUUUUGACCCUAUUCGAGCAGUACUUUCAAUUGACACAACAAGCAUGUGAGGUACACACAUUGAUAAACCUUGUGUGCCUUCAGUUGUACAAAAUAUCAUUUGCUACGCCAGUCCAAACUUUCAUGUUUUCUCAUUGCUCUGAAGAAUACAAUCUACAAGUCAGUUGCUAUUCAGAUCUGUAAAAUCUAGUCAAUAGACGAAUCAUUAGUCAAGAAAGCGUCAGAAGAACCUAAUAUAUUGACAUCAGGCCUUGACACAGAAAGCUGUGCAUUACAUUUCCUAUCUGUUCUACAGGAUUUUGAUUUUGAAACUAAUCAAAGAAUCAUUUCUGAUGUAAAAUAUUGUUCUAAUAACAACUUGUUUGAGACAAUUAAUCUGUUGUGGUUUGUUGCAGUCAAUCAAGUUAUUGUUCAUUCAUGGUAUUUCCAGGUACGACAUGUUAACAACGAAAUUGUAGACAUAGGGUAGGUUCAAUCAAUCUCUAUUGUUAUAAACAAUAACAUUGAUAUGCUGAAAUUAAUAUUUUAUAUGAUUCAUUACUGUUCGAAGUGUAGAUUGAUGAAGUAUUUUCUUUGUGGCACAGUAGUUUCAAAGAGCUGAUGACUUACUUUGGAAUUUAUAAGUAUAUGGGUCAAAUGAGAUUCUGUUAGAUGAUCUCAAGCUUAAAAUGUUAAACUCACACACAGGUAGGUCUGAGUAUAUCUUUGCAGUGCUUCGUGUAGCGGUUUAUGUUAAAAACAUGAAAUAUACAUGUUUUGUUCAUUGUUAUUCAAGUUCGUUCACCAUUCUUUUAAACUGUUGGAUUCAGUCAUAUUCUGUAUUCUGUCACAUUUCGUCUGUGUUAACCAGUUUUUUAUUUGUCAGCUUAUUUUUGUUUUUGCUCCCAAAUAUUCACAACUUACAACUUUGCUUCUGUGUCAGUAGUAAGUCAAUUACAGGCUGUAAUCAUAGUAAAACAUGUAAUUAAGUUAAAUAUAUCGUACAAGGAUUUCAAAUAAGAUUUACUGGAACUGGAACAAUGGUUUAGUUUUACAAAAUCCUCUAACUAACAUUUGAUAUUUGUUAAUCUAUUUUUAAUAGCUGUAGCCUUGCACCACUUAAUCUUUUUUAAUUUAUUUUCUGUUAUUUAUUUGUUGAAUUUUCAAAACUUUAUGCUUGUUUAUUUUGUUAGUAGGUUGCAAUUUUAAUUCCCAAGGGGAUGAGUAGACAUCUAGUUUAGAAGAGAGGAUUAUUAUUUCUCCCUAAGCAUCAAUGUGGUUACUGAUAAGGAGGUAUGAGGACAAGUAAAGAAUAUUAUGUUAUGUUGUUAAGUGUAACUCUAACUGAAGUUUGAUCAAUCUUGCAGUUGUUUUGCAGUGUGCUAAGUUCAGCAAAUGUUUUGGCAAAUGUACAGAAAAGAAAAUGUAACUGUCCCAUGAUCUUGACAGAUUGUUUUCAAACAUACAUCAUCUGAUAUAAAACAAAAUCUGUAAAACUUCUUACAAUAAUUCGGUCCUCAUGACAAAGAAAGGAUUAUAUCUUGUCAGUAUGUUUCACCAUUUUCAAUAAAGAGCACAGAAACUAAACAUUGCUUUAGCAAUAGGUUUCUGUCAGUUGCAAAGAUCUGCAUGCAGGUUGCUGCAUGAGAUCGCAACUAAGUCCGGAAUAUUUGACUGACUGAUGGUAACCUGGAGUACACAAGUAAGGAGCACAUGCUAACAUUUGUUUUGAUUUCUUUUUGUUGCAAGUUUCAUUAUCUUUCACUUAUUUAGGGCAGCUUAUAGAUUUUUCCUCAAAUAUUAAAACCCACCGUCGUGCAAUUGUUUGUCAAUAUCAAAUUUCAUUACACAUUAUUGCUUAAUCCUAUUUAUUUUGUGUAGAAAAUAUAAAAUGGGAUUUCUCACACAUGCACAGUUUAUUGGGUAACUCUUCCUGCUUAAAAUGUGGCUGAAAUUAAUGACAUAACAAUUUGAUGUUGCCUGUGGAAAACUAAUGCUGAUUUGAAGGCAUUUCUAUAAGUUAUUGGUGCAUACAAGUCUUGAUGAGACAUAUCUAUCAGUGUCUAUAACCAGGCAGCUUGAAUGCAUGUUUUAACAUUCGUUAGAGAUUAAACUUUACUUGAUAAAUCUAAUGAAAAUUGAAAUAGUUCAACAUGGCUUUCACUUAUUUGUCAUUGAUUCAUGUAAUAACCAAUUCUCAGAAUGCUUCCUAGGUUAUUAAUGAUUUAGUUAAGCAUUUGUGUAAUACCCACUGAAGGGUAUAUUGUGUGGAAUAUUGUGUGCUAUUACGUCCUUCACCACACCAUAUGAAACCAUUAUGCGUCAUCCAACGCCAGUACAGUGAGUAUCAUGCUUGUCACUUGUGUAUAUAUAAUACAGAUGUAUAUUUGAAGUGGUCAUAAUAAGGUGAAUGAAAAACUUGUCCUGAUGAUAGUGUGAUUGAUGUUAGUUACCAUGGUUACAUAUGAUUAGAAUGUGUCUUGUAUGAAUGUUAAUUUAUUCCUCUUAAACUUAAUAUCUCUCAUUUCAAGUUUUAAUAAUUCAUGAUCAUUACACCAUAUUUCAUAUAUUGCUAAGAUUACUAAUUCUAAAUCACCAACAGCAUGAUGUAUAUGUUGAGUCGUGUUUGUUUAUGAUAUUCGUCAACUAUUCUCAGUCUAUGUUAUGGUAGUGUUGACCUGUUAAGUGUUUAAGUCAAAACCUAUUCAGGCAGGACAUUUAAUUUUGACAUGAAUCAUAUCUUCAUUCUUGUGCGUCAUUAAACUUAUUCAUUCCAGGAACAUAAAUCCCUUGUGUGAGAAGUAGAUAGAGCACACUUUUUUAUUACCUGUUCACAAAUUCAUGUUUCUGUUACUUUACAGGUCAGUUAUUCAUCUCCAUUACUAUUUCAAUUUCAAUUCUAAGAAACUUUGUAUGCAAGUUCAGUCGUCAAUUCAUAUCACCAUUUUGUUCUGUAAUGGAAGAUGACUAUGAUGACGUCUUCUUCCACUUGUGUGUAACAGACUUGUUGAAUUGUUAAAAUUGUUAAACCAAAUAUUGAUGAAUACUCUGCUGAUACUUGUUAAUGUUACCAUGGUUACAGAAGUUGUUUAAGGUGUACUUAUUCAGAGUGUACAAAUUGUUUUUGUACAAGGUAUCACAUAAUGUUUGUCUUAUUUGAGAUAGAGUACCCAGGUAUUACCAGAAAUAAUAUUCAGUGUUCCUUACUUGGAUUAUGCUCUUUGAUGAUGGAUGUGUUUACAAAAUGGAAGUUUUACAUGAUGUAGUACUGUCUACCUUUGGUAUUCAAACAUCAAACUGGAUAAGCAUUAUUCUAUGACAGGGGUUGGGCCUAGUCGUUAAAAUGUUUGCUCGCCAUCCCAAAGACCCAGAUUCGAUUCUCCACACCAGUACAAAGUGUGAAGCCCAUUUCUGGUGUCACCCACUGUGAAAUUGCUGGAAUAUGGUUAAAAGUGUCUCAAAACAAUACUUACUCUCUCACUCACUCACUCACUCACUCACUCACUCACUCACUCACUAUAUGGGGGCAAGUUUUCCCAGUGGCCGAAGGUGAUGCAGAGUUAUAUCCCUAAGUGAUGCCAGAAUUCCCAGAAUUGUCCUGAUAAUGAACCUCGGUUUGUCCGUUUCAAAGUGGCUAUCAUCCAUGACUUGGGUGGUCAUGACCAACUGUCCUGACAUACUAUGAUAUAAAUGAAUUAAUGUUCAGUAUGUUCAAAUCAAGUUAAGGCCAUAUCACUAGUGUACUCAAUCCAGUCCAGAUGAGUAUUAUUACCAUAACAUAGUUGGGUGUUUCAUACUGUGAAUAACAAGGUCAGAAACAGGAUAAUACCUUUGAUGAACAUCAUAUACCAUACGUUUAUUUUUUUGUUAAUGGAGGCUGGCAAUGCGAGUUUUCUGGUCUUUCUUGCUCACACAAAACAGUGUGUUGUGAGACACAUAUAUCUGCAUUCUAAUUCACCCAGGCAUUCUUGUCACUGGUAAAAAUGUAGGUUUACUUUCGUAGAUUGAAGUGGCCAGUAUCUUCUUGGCUUACAGCCCACGCGCCUUUUGAAACUGUCACUAGGCACAAGCUAGUUGGCUAGCAUUAAACGUAAGGCUGUUUAGUAUAAUUAAGGAUAAUCAGGACAUGGCCAUUAUACAUUCCCAACUGUGGGUGGUGAACAGGGGCACACAUCCAAACUUGGAUGUACAAGUACACCAACAUAGUUUUCAACAAAUAUUGCAUUCAAAUGGUAUCAAGAGUACAAAUAAAGAUUUUGAAGAAUGAUAAACCAGCAGUGUUGCUGGAUGUGAAUGUUGGGGUGUGUAGAUGCACUGUCAGAUCAGUUUGACAGAUAUGACAUUCUGAAUACCAUAGUCAUUAAUUAUGAUAAUUGGUAUCAUUUUACAUCUUACGAUAUGAAGUCAAUUGUUACAUGACCCAUGUCAUGCUGUUAAAUAUGCACAAAGUGAAUAAAAUGUAGGUGUUUGCUUAACUUACCACUGUCAGUAUAAGUAAAUUGUAACCACCUAAUAGAUACAUGACUACUUAGUUUGCUUCUAAAACUGUAGCAUUACUUCCACAUUAAGCUGACGCGUCGUGAUGCCACUGUAAUACUGUUUAAAUCAGCGAUGAAGCCAGCUUAGCCACUCAUUCUAUAACUGCAGCAUGUGCUUUUGUGAAAGGCAAAUGGCUAGUUACACAUGUAUCACUGUUACAUUAAAUGAACAAUGAUGACAUGAAGCCAUGCAGUUUUGAAAACUUUUCAUAAAAGUUAUGGAUGGUGAUUCUUGAAUUAAUAGGUAAAAGCAAGGACCUAGAUUACAUUACAUAAUUUAGGUCUGUGGUAUUUGUUUCUCCCCCAACUGAUUCAGGGUGAACUACAUGCAUAGCAAAGGAAUUUCCUUCCUCAUCUUGCUUACUGUCAAGGUAUUUCGUUGCAUGUAGAAACUACAGAGACCCAGAGAACAUACUAUGGCAAAGCUUGAACAUUUUGUGAAAGGUUUGUUUAAUGGGACUGGAUCAGUAAAGGUUUAAUACAAACUGACGCACUACUCGAUUGCAAGUAGUGUAUUAAACAGAUGAUGCUAGCUACUGUAUUUGUUUUGUGGCCUAGUUUGCAGAUAAUACAAUGUUUCUGCUUAACAUUUAUUGCACUGUACUAAAUGUCAAUUGAUUGUCAAGGAUUUAGUUCUUGUAGAGAAUGAAGAGAUUGUGAUAUGUAUGAAAAUUGUAUUUAAGCAAGAAUGUCUGUUGUGUUGUAUUUGCCCAUGUGAAAGGUCUGGUUUAAGUGUUUGCUCUGAUGCAUAUGUUAAGAAAUGUGAGAAAACAAUAUGCGGUAUUUCAAUGUGAACAACUGCACCUUACAUCUGUACCACUACUACAUAUAUUUAUUUGAAAAAGUUCAUGUCUUCAUGUUGUGACACCUAUUGUUUAUGUUACUAUAACAUUCAUUUUGUGAAUUUGUUUUAGAUUCAAAUCAAGUAAUUUUGUAACUGAAGUAAUCUAUGCACAGUGAAAUCCUUUGAAGUUCAAAUGUUUGUCUCACAAAAAUAUGACUUACCUCUAACUAUGAGUACAGUUUGAGAGCUAUGUUAUUGCCUUUGACAGCACUGUUAUUUGUCAAACUGGGGUGUGAUGCCAAAUUUCAUGAUCAUCAGGUUAAAAUCUCCAAUAGUCCCAAGUCAGUUAGAGAAGGUUAGCCAUGGUUGCUAAAUUUACCUUUUCUUUUAAGGAGCUCUUUAACAGAAUUUGCACUUCAUUGCUACCACAGAAAUGUGCAGGGCAAAGGCUUCAAUUAUCAGCAAGCAUGUCCUAGCAAGAUUCAAUAUUAUGGUACAAAUGACGAUCAGGAAGUGAAUAAUUUGAAGUCAAAGAGUUCCCUUAUGUCAGUUGUAAGUCAUUAUUUGGUCAUGUUUUAUCCCUAUUGUUCAUAAGACAACUUGUGUCUGUAUAUCACUUCUUUAGGGUGUGCAGUGGCAAUUUUCAGUGUUCGCAAAUUUCUGCGCCUUUUGUCUGCAGAUUGGCAAGUUGAAAUUUUAAAUGUUUUCCUUUCUGGGUUGAACAUUUUAAGAUCCAACUUGUUUUAAGAAGCAAAUGAUAAUUAAUGUUGCAAUGGUGUGAAUGUUGUUUUAUGAGUUUUGACAUUAUUGUUGCUUUUCAAUUGUUUUGGAUUAUUGUUUUUAUUUAUUUGAAUAAAAUUGCCAAAAAACAUUAACAGUGACAUCAUGAAGCAGUCAUGUUUAGCCAUCUGGGAAUAUUUCUGAAGUAUAAAAAUCAUUAAAACUACAAGUAAGAAAUUCCAGAUAGUAGACAUCUGGGCAAUGUUCAGUAGAUCAAAUUCUUUAUUCAAAUCUUACUUUGCACAUUUCCUUUUUAGAAUAUAUGACUGGUUCAUAUUAAAAAUGGCCUUAUGGGCAUGAUUCCAAACUGUUAAAAAAUCUGAUAUUAAACAGGUACUUUCUUCAAAGCUGAUUCAGAACCAAGAAUGUUCAUGUAUGGCUGGUUCAUAAAACAACAUAAACAUGAUACCAUGUGUAUUUUGUCACAUUACUAUAUUCACACUUGUCAAGUAUUAUGUUGACCUGUUGAAUUACUUCAGGUCUCAUGUCCAUUUUAACACCAGCAGCAUGGACAAAUCGAGUCACAGUUGUAGUAAACUUUGGACUUGAAACUUGGUCCUCAUGGACCCAGCGGAUGUGUGAGGAGUUUAAAGUACACCUCCCUGUACAUCAUUGUAUAAAGAAUAUUCAUGCUCAUUAUACAAGUGUUGCAUGGAGUUGAUGAUGAGCAUGUAUUGGAAGCAGUUCGAGUUUACCAUCACAAGUUGGCACAUUGGCUUUCCGGGUGGUUUGUGUGGUGUGUCCUCAUACUAAUGUUUAGUUUCUAUGCAUUGUAUUGAGGUGUAAAUCAAACCACGGGCAGGGGAUAGCUGCUUCCUGCAGGCAUACGUAAUGUACAUCCCCUGCAUCUACCUGCAAAAAUAAAGUUGGUAGAAAUGAA